GAACAACAACUGGUGACGUAGAAUAAGUGGGCGGAGGCCUGCUUGAGAUUUGAGGAGCAGAAGAAAUAACGCGAAUAUUUGGAAGUUUUGUCCAGAAAUGAGGUUGUGAACGCCUCUGUGUUUGGGACGUUGCUCCAAAUGCAGCGCAAUGACGUGAUUAAAUAGGGUAUCCUUUGUUGAGAUACGUUGGCACCAUCACAAUACCUGACGGUCGUUAACAGACAUGCCGUGGUGCCUGAACACCAAGCGGAAAUAUUAUUUUUAACCAGCCCACAGUGAAAGCCGACCUUUUAUUCUUUUAUUAUAUCGUUUGUUCUUGUAAACACGACCUAUCCUCAUCUAGACCAUGGUAGACAAUCGCUAUGCCACAGCUCUGGUCAUCGGCUCGGUGCUGAGCCUGCUGGCGACAGUCUACCUCUCUGUGGCUGUCGGAACGCAGCACUGGUACCAGUACAGCUGCGUGCCAGCCAAGCGUGAGGGGAGCAACGCCUCCGUUCUCAGGGAAGAGUUCAUCAAUGGAGAGUUUGAUGAGAAGACUUACCGCGACACCCUGUUCCGCCUGAAUGGCACCCUGGGACUGUGGUGGAGGUGCAUACGGGUGCCCAGCGAGUCACACUGGUUCAAACAGCCAGAUCCAAAGAUGGAGACACAGUGUGUGAGUUUCACUCUUCCUCAGCAGUUCAAUCCAAAGUACAAACAAUCUGGAAACCAUGACGGUGAAGAAGAUCUGCUGAGAACAUACUUGUGGAGAUGCCAGGUUCUCUUGCCCUUGGUGUCUCUGGCUUUGGUGUUUCUCGGCGGCCUCGUUGGGGUCUGUGCCUGCCUGUGCCGCAGCUUCACCCCCACCUUGGGGGUGGGAGUGCUCCAUCUACUUGCAGGUCUGUGCACUCUGGGCACCGUCUGCUGUUUCCUGGCCGGGGUGGAUUUGUAUUCCCCCCUCCCAGAAGGGGUGGAGGGCUCGUUGGGCUGGUCCCUCUACCUCGCUCUCAUCUCCUUCCCUCUGCAGAUGAUGGCAGCUGCUUUGUUCCUGUGGGCGGCCAGGAGUCACCGCAAAAACUACACCCGCAUGACUGCUUACAGGGUAGCCUAAAGAGAGACUACAACAACAACUUACCUUAAAACCGCCUACUGGUCUCAGGACAUUUAAAAGAAAAAAAAGGUUUCCAUUUGUAACUUUUCACUUCUUCUGCAGCAUCAUUUAGGUAGAAAAAAAACAAAUUACAUGAUAUCCCAGAUCUAGACAGAAAUACUUUAAACCAGUUUGCAGCUAAUCAUCAUAAGUGCUCAUAAUUAGGGGUUAAAUACCUUUUUAGUUGUGUUAUUUGGUACCUGAAUCUUACCCAGCGCAUGCUCUUAAGCUUAUUAUAACACUCAGAUGUUCUGGAUCAUUUGUUAUCUCUGGCUUUAACUGUGUUGGUGUGCUGUGCUUAAAUGCCUUCUUUUCAGUUGCCAUUGCUUCUAAAGCUGCUCACCACAUUGCCCUUAAAUCAGUUUUAGAUUCUGAACUUGCAAGCAGAUUUCCGACCUGCUGUUAUCAGGGUAGCUUUCUUUGUUAGUGCAUGAAAAAUAUUUCCCACGCCUUUUUAUUUUUUGGUGUGGUUUUAUUUGUGCAUAAUCUUAUAUCAAGCCUUGGCUGUGCAUGCCUUUUUUAAGAUGACAUUUCUGUCAUCUGCGGUUAUGGUUGAUUUCAGUCUGUGUUACUUGUUGACUAAAUGUCACUCACUAAAAGUGUAACCACUCAUCUCCCAUUGUCACUGUCUUUAUAGGUCUCAUAUGUAUUAACACACUUCUUUUGUUUGAAAAAAUGUACUUGAUUUGAUCUCACUAGAGCAAACCAGAGACCUCUUUGUAAUAUUUAUAAUACUAAUGUUUCAGCCGCAAAUUAUACUACUGCCACUUUCCAUUUGUAAUGUUUUUCUAAGUGUGGUUGCGGUCAGUUCUUUUCCAUUUCGAGCUCAGUUUUAUCUAUCACUUAACGGACUGGUUUGACAGCGAAAUAUCAGUUUUGAUAAAUUAAAGCUUUCUAAAUGUUUGUUACCGAUACUCCAGAGUCAAAGAGUCUGGCAACGUGAAUAACAAUUGAAUUAUCAAAAUCUUAAUUUGCAGGUGAAGAUCCUCACGACACUUAACAUUUGUGUGUAAAGGAAUUUGUUACAUUAUUGCUGGUCCAAAAUAGCGAAUUUCUUGGCACCAGAAUACAAAUUGUGAUGUUUUUGUGUCACAAUGUUUUGUUAUUUGUCUGUGUAUGCAACAUGGCUUUUGUACAUGUAUUCUGAAGCACACUGCACCUGUUUCUGUAUUAAAAACUUUGACAUUU